AUGGCACUAACAAAGAAUGCAGCAUUAAAUUUAAUAAAACAGUUUCGUAUACAAGAAUUACAGGCUUUGUUAGAUUAUGCGCAUCUGAGCCAUAGUGGUCACAAACGUGAUUUAACAGAACGUGCUAAGAAAUAUAUAACAACAUGCUAUUCGCCACAAGUUGCUCUGAAAAUACAAGAAAUUAAUUUAAACCGUACACGUUCAACAAAAGAAUCUAUUCAAACACUGAAACAACGCCAACAAACGUUUACUAAUACUAACAAACAACAAAAUCAAGGUAUGAACAAGAAUAAUGAACACUAUUCGCCAUUGUCACCCCCGGUGCUUCCGACACACCUUUCUUUCACACCGUCUUCGAAUGUUACUGAAUUUCUACCAUUACCAUCCUAUGAUAAAAUCAAAACCAUCAAAUGUUUCAAUAUUAACGUUGAUCGCGCAAAUUUUUUGCCAUUUCGUUUCGAAAUAAAUACAGACGAGAUCGAACAGCUUUAUUCAUCAUCGACUAGUCAUACAUCGUCUGAGAUUCGUUUAUUUCUAAGAUUUUGUGUUACAAGCUCGUCUGCUCAACAGAUCGAUGUGUUACCGCCGUAUCUGUACGUCUCAUGUAACGGACAAUCAGCCAUACAACAAACAGUAACAAAAACCGUAGGUCAACAAGCGCAUCAUCCCACAUUUCCCAGUGACAUCACAGAUUUAAUUAUAGCGAAGCCGAAUGCUGUGAAUAUUAUUGAUUUAAUGUGGAUACAAUCGCCAAUGAAUAUGCAAUUAAAAAAUCUUCCCAAAUCAUAUACAUUGACUAUUGAUUUAAUGAAAAAAGUGCCGUUACUUGCGCUGUAUGAAAAUAUAAUAAAACGAGAGCCAUAUGUAUUUCAUAAUCCAUUUCAACAACAGCAAACGAAUGACAGUGAUAUUGAAUUAGACGAAGAGGACAUGAUUUGUACAACAACGUGUAAAGUAUCACUUUUAUGUCCAAUAACACAAACAAUAAUACAAAUGCCAUCAAAAUCUAUCAAUUGUUCACAUUUAAAUUGCUUUGAUUUGAAAAAUUUUUUGAGAAUGAAUGAAAAACGUGUAAUAUGGAAUUGUCCUUUAUGUAAAAAGGCUUGUCCAUAUGAUACAUUAGUAGUUGAUAAACAUUUAGAAAAUAUUUUGAAAAGUGUUCCUAUGAAUUGUUCGACAGUUGAAAUUGAUCCUACAAAACAUCAGAAUAGCACAGAUUCUACGACACCUCAUUUCAAUUAUAUUAUUGAUACAGUUAAACAAGAAAAAUUUGAUGUUGUUAUGCCAAAUACAAAAGGAGAAAAACAUGAUAUUGAUUAUUUUGAAAUACUUGAUCAUUCUAUAUCUUCGUCAACAAAAACACCUGAUAAUAAUUAUAACAAUUUUCCGAUGAAAACGAAUGCAAUUCAUGAAGUGAUUAUACUCUCCAGUGAUGACGAAGAAGAAGAAAAUAAUCAAAAUGAAGUCAAUAAUAAUUAUUUUCAACAAAAUAAAACUAAUGAAUUAGAUGAUACUGUUGAAUAUACGUGUGCUGAUUCUGAUCAACUGUACGUAGUCAAUGAUCAUGGUAAUUCUCCUGUUUCAAUCGACAAUCGGCGCGAUUCAAAUUCUUCACAUGUUAGCAUUUUACCAUUGGAUGAAAACUGUGGAUCUUGGGAGCCAAUAUCAUCAACACAACAGCAAACAACCUCACCAAUGAAUGCAUUAUCAAAUAUUAUCCCACGAAAUAAAUCGAAUUCCAGUAAAUCUACAACCUCAUCGAAAAAAAAAUCAUUGCGAAAAUGUUCUCCGUCUUCUUCGACAUCUCUAUCAUCGAACUGUUCAACCGUCUCUCCCGCUUCAUCUAGUAGUAAUUCCGAUGAUCCCUCCCUUCGUUUCAACGGUUCCAUACAGAGCCAAUCAUCGUCAUUUCGUCGAUUACCAAAACGAAAAGCACGUGUCAUUUCUACAUCAACUUCGUCUUCUUCAAUCGAAGAUGACAGCACGUCAGAAACGACUACAAAACAUAAACGUUUAAAAACACGGCGUGAAAAAUCAUCUUCGUCGUUAACAUCAACUUCCUCAUCUUCGUCAAUCAGUAAUCAUCAAUGUAAUUAUAGAAAACGUAAUCUAAAGAAAAAAGUCUUACGGAAGUCGACAGAUGAAGAACCAGAGAUUAUUGUGUUAUCAGAUUAA